CAAACAUAGCCCCUCCCAGGGAGCUGCUGACGCAAAACCCCAUACCAGUUACAUUUACUGAGACCGGCUCAUUCCAUUCUUAAUAUGACCUCCCCUUUGUAGAGGUACAUAGAGUGUUCAAUGGAGAGGAAGAGAUGGAUGGAUCAACAUGUUAUUGGGGGAUUUAAAAUUUCUUGUUUUUGUCCAGCUUUGAUGCCGUCUAAUUUUUCUGCUUGGCUCAUUGUUGGAUUAUUGACGUCUUUUUGAAUACCCUGAUUGAGCUGGCUUCAUCUUCUGCAGGUGAAUCUCUUUUAGGUUCGCCAGAAGUUUUGCUGGUUUUAGUUGAGCUGUUAGUACUACCAUGAGUUCUGCUGACUCUAGCACAGGUAUUGACCUGCUUCAGGUCAGGAUUGAGUCCUUGAGUAGCAAAAUGGACAGGCUCAUAAGCAUCCAGGAAAAAGUGCUUAGCCGACUCGAAGGCAUGUCUCAGGACAUUGAUGGAAUUGAGAAAGAUGUAGAAACUCUAAAAGUGGAAAAGGAGGAGAUCCAUGUUUCUCCAGUUAUCCGUACAGGACCAGCCAAUGAGAUGAAGGAAAUGUGUCAAGAAAUGAACAGCAUCAUGUUGGCAGUAAAUCAACGCUCAGAACAGCAAACCCAAAAGUUGGAGGGAAUGGAGAGACUGGUGACGAGCAUUCAGCAGGUUGUCAGCUUUAUUGGAGAAACAGUGAAAACUUCCAAAAUCAUGGAUAUUAUGUUCAAAGGGCCAGCUUCUCGAAAAAGCAAAACGGCACUCAGGUCCAAGGAUAGUAAAAUCAAACUGAUCGCCAAAUGCCAAGCGUCAGAUAACAGUGAGCCUCUCCUUACCAAGCAAAAAGAUCACAAAGGUAAAGAUGGAAAAUUUCAUCUGAGCUUCAAAGGCCUCAAAGCACAGAAGAAGAAGAAACCACCUGAUUCAACUGUUGAUACAAUCUCUUUGAGGAAACAGACACUGUUGCUUGAAGAGGUUCAGAAACUAAAUCAAGAGAAUAUAGAUCGCUCUGAAGCAUCCCGACAUCAGGAAAAUGAUGUGCAGAAAUCUGAGGAUGGCUCAAAUACUCCCAUUCCGCAAGAACUUAUCCUGGAAGAAGCCAAGAUGCUUGAACCUGAACAAAAGAAUAACUCAGAAGAAGAGAAGGAUGUCACUCAGGACCUGAAAGAAGAUGAGAUAGAAGACGCAGAGCCAAAGAUAGAGGAGAUCCAAAUUGAAACACAACAAUUAGCAGAAGAAGAGACUAAGGAGAUGCCCGUAAAGGCCACUGACAAACUCAAAGAUCAGGAGGAAGAGGGUACGGAGGACCAGACGUCUACUGAGGUUCCUUCAGAACCCGACAUUACUGACACAGAGCCACCUACACCAACUGAUCCACCUACAUCAACUGAUCCGCCUACACCAACUGAGAACUCAGCCCAAAGUAGUGAGUCUGAGCAGGUGGACGAGGUGACGACCAGCAGCAAACGACGCGUAACAGAAGAAGAUAUGGGUUUGGAGGACCACAAGAAGAGCAGGGUUCAUGAGGGUCAAGGCCAGAGUGAGCAAGAGCCACAGAAGCCACAGGAACCCGAGGAUCUCCUUGGUGUUUUCAAAGCUGAUGGUGUGGAAUUUAAGUUGGAUUUCAGCAAACUAAAGAAAGAGAGCUAUGAGGAUGAAGAUGACGAUCACUUCUUCAUCGAUUGCACCCCACCUCCACCAGCACCCUUCAAACACCGUGUUGUGUCUGCCAAACCCAACCAGAUUAACAAUUUCUACACUAUCAACCGACAGGAGAUUCUCGGAGGAGGUCGAUUUGGUCAGGUGCAUAGAUGCAUGGAAAAUUCCUCUGGACUUACUUUGGCUGCCAAGAUAAUCAAAGCUAAGAGUCAAAAAGAAAAGGACGUGGUGAAGAAUGAGAUUCAGGUUAUGAACCAGCUCGACCAUGCCAACCUGAUCCAGCUUUACGCAGCCUAUGAGUCCAGGAACGACAUUAUCCUUGUGCUUGAAUAUGUUGAUGGAGGAGAACUCUUCGACAGAAUCAUUGAUGAGAACUACAAGUUGAUGGAGCUUGACACAGUGAUGUUCAUCAGACAGAUCUGUGAAGGCUUGCGCUACAUGCACAAAAUGUACAUCCUCCAUCUGGACCUAAAGCCAGAAAACAUUCUUUGUGUCAGCAGAGUAACUAAUAAAGUCAAGAUCAUCGACUUUGGACUUGCGAGGAAGUAUCAGCCCAGGGAAAAGUUACGAGUGAAUUUCGGCACGCCAGAGUUUCUCUCGCCUGAGGUGGUCAACUAUGAUUACGUGUCAUUCAACACAGACAUGUGGAGUCUGGGCGUUAUUACAUACAUGCUGCUCAGUGGUUUGUCACCCUUCCUUGGGGACAAUGAGAAUGAGACACUAAAUAACAUUUUGGCCUGCCAGUGGAACUUUGAGGAGGAAGAAUUCUUAGAAGUCUCGCCAGAAGCCAAGGAUUUCAUUUCCAAACUCCUUGUGGUAGAUAAAAGUUGGAGGAUAGGAGCAACAGAAGCGUUGAAGCACCCAUGGCUGUCGGAUGCAACCGUCCAUCAUCGCCUGCAUGAGAAGAAAAAUAUGUGCCGUUCGCGCAGAAACUCCUGUUUGCCUUCACCAGAGAGUUAAUAGGGACCAAGCCUGCUGUGGAACCAUGAGGAUUACUGGACAUUAUAUUAUAUAGAGAUGUAUUUCAUAAACUGAUGUGUCCACUAUAUGUCCCACAAUAACAUGUUGUUAGCUAAUGGAAAUUCUUAAACUACAACUAUCUGUCAGUCACAUGAAAUUGAUCCUAUCCCAGAAUUUGAAAUGAAGAGAUGGUGGAAUAAGAUUUGUCAGAUUCCAGGUUCAUAUGCUAAGAUUUGAAUAUGCCCGUUCACUUGUUUUGAAGCACUGGGAAGUUCAGUUCAAAGUCCUAUAUAUAUAUAAACUGUAUAUGAAGUAUAUAUAUGUAUAUGAGUAUAUGAAACCUAAAAGAUUAUGAGGAACACCAUACUAAUACUAUGUUUGAGCCCCUUUUGCCUUCAGAACUGCCUUUAUUCUACAUGGCAUUGAUU